AUGACUGCAAUGGAAGGAGGCUACUCAUAUUGCUUCAUUGCUGUCUUUGCCUCCACAACACAGGGUGGUGAUCAUAGCCAAGAAACACCUGAGUACGUUGUGAAGAUCACUAACCUACCUUCAGCGCUGCGGCGGUUUCAGAUACCAACCUGUAACAGACCCCAGGUUCGUCACAGGCCUCAAACGAUCGCAGCACUUGGUGGGAGGACACGAAAGGGAAACACAAACCAAAGAGAUUAUGAAGUUCAAGAGCGGGGACGCCAGCGUGGGGCACUUUGGUGGGCUCAAACCAUCAACCGAUGGAUAUCAUUUGUCACCUUCACCAACACCCUUGUCGGCCAUCUUGGGGACUAUCUCAAAGUCCUAAUACCGCCUCGUGAAAUCCUUCAGUCUGCCGAUCGCGGACUUAGAGCGAGGCUAUGGCGCAUGGGCAUCUUCACUUUUUCGCGUGGCAGUUUGGGGGCCAGAGUUUAG